AAUCAACUAAACCACUAGCCAAAAGAAGAAGAUGAAAUGACAAAUUUCAGCAAAAAGGGAGAAAAAAAUUCCCGCCGCGUGCAGAAGUCAAAGAAUCGUACACAUGCAAACCAUCACUCUGUCAUUAAAUAGUGCACUGAAAUUAUUUCUCCCAAACUUGAACCAAUCGAUUUCUCCAUCAGGAAGAAGAUGAAGAGCAAAGGUAGAUUCGUUGGACAAAGAUGGUGGAGCAUAAGGGGCUUAUCUUCAGUAUUUCUGCUAUGUCUUUUCUUCUUCCUCGCCGGUUUAUUCGGUUCUACUCUCAUUUCUCAUCAGGAUGUACAACUACUUACUGUACGGCCUAGGUCGAGGGUGCUUGAAUCUGUGGAAGAAUUUGAUGUUUUGCCUAAUGGCGACACUGGAGAACAUUCCCUCACUUCCAUCCCCUUUCAGGUCUUAAGCUGGUUCCCACGUGCAUUAUACUUUCCCAAUUUCGCAACUAUAGAACAAUGCCAAGGCAUUAUUAAGAUGGCAAAGGCAGAUCUGAAACCAUCAUCUUUGGCUCUCCGCAAAGGAGAAACAGCAGAGAAUACCAAAGGAAUUAGAACAAGUUCUGGUAUGUUUAUCAGUGCAUCUGAAGACAAAACUGGAAUUCUGAACCUCAUUGAGGAGAAAAUCGCAAAGGCGACUAUGAUCCCCAGGACACACGGAGAGGCAUUUAAUGUUUUGCGGUACGAAACCGGCCAGAGUUAUCAUUCGCAUUAUGAUGCGUUUGAUCCUUCUCAAUAUGGUCCUCAGAAGAGCCAAAGGGUUGCAUCCUUUUUGUUGUAUUUAUCUGAUGUGGAAGAAGGUGGAGAAACCAUGUUCCCUUUCGAGAGUGCACAGAAUAUGGAUGCUAAUUAUGACUUCCGCAAGUGUAUUGGUCUGAAAGUGAAGCCGCGUAGAGGGGAUGGACUACUAUUUUACUCGCUGUUUCCAAAUGGUACAAUUGACCCGACAUCAAUUCACGGGAGCUGUGCAGUAAUCCGAGGUGAAAAAUGGGUUGCCACAAAGUGGAUCAGGGAUCAAGAAAUGGAUGAAUAAACGAGUACAUGUCUCGAAGUGGUGUUGAUAUAAUUCUUUUGUAAUUUAAUGUAGUGACUCACUAGGAUUUUGAAACGAGUUUUGCAGUAAAUAUAUCUAGUGUUCGUUCAUA